GGCGGGGGGUGAGCUGGGGGGACACAGACCCUCUUGGUCCUGCCUUCAUCCCCCUGAAACGCAGGGCCAGCCGGCAGCGAGGAGGAGGAGGAGGUCAGGGUGAAGGACUGUUCCUGCGUCCAGCGCGGAGCUGGAGCUCAUUCACACGGCCGGAGCAGCCCUGCCAGCUCCCAAAUAUCUUCACAGGCCUUUGGAGAGCGGGAGUGGUUAAAAAUAGCCAGCAUGCUGGAAAAUAUGACGGCCCCCCCUUUCCCUCCCCCCCCCCCAGGCUGCCGUUUGGGGCACGGGGCCGUGCUCAAGCCACAACGGCUCCUGUGGGACCCGGCCCUGCUGCUCGUGGGGUUUUGCUGCGCCGGCACCGCUGCCACCCCCAGUCCCCCGGGAGCCUGCGAAGGCAGCGGCCCCUUCGGUGUGGGGGGGUGUGGGUCCCACUCCUGCCAGCUGAUCCUCUCGUUCUGGGGUGCAGGGGGUGCAGGGUGGAGGUGGUUGGGGGGACUGUCCCCAUGGGAGCUGCCAGAGGGGCUGUCCCGCACCCCUUCCCACCGUCGUGUCCCCAUGAGCACGGCCUUGGUGCUGGGAGGCAGAGGGACGGCAAAUUGCCCGGUGGGUAUCGCUGCAGGUGGUGGGGUAUCGGGGUGUCGCUGCAGGUGGUGGCCUUUGGGGGUACUGGGGUGUUGGGCUGUGGCAUCUCAGCGACAGCUCCAUCCCGCUCCUCUGCUCCACCCCAGCUCGCAGAGAGUCCAGAGGUAGGCAAUUGCCCUCCCGCUUCGACCCCCCACUGGAGGACCACCCGCCGCCCAGCCUGGGUGCUGUGCCCACCCUGGGGGACGUGGCCCUGCUUCAGCAGCACUGGAGGGGGGCGAGCAGUGGUUUGGGGCCGGGGAGCCCUGAGGGGGGUCACCCAUGAGGGAUGGGGAGAUCUCUCAGCACCACUGGCUGAUACAGUGCGCCGUGCCCCGUGCAGCGUGGUGGGGUGCGGUGCCCCGCGAUUCGGGAUGCGAUGCCCCGCGCAGUGAGGUGUGGGGUGCGAUACACAGCGAUUCGGGGCGCGAUGCCCCACGCAGCAAGGUGUGGGGUGCGAUGCCCCGCGAUUCGGGGUGUGAUGCCCCGCACAGCGAGGUGUGGGGCACAAUACAUAGCGAUUCGGGGUGUGAUGCCCUGCGCAGCGAGGUGUGGGGCGCGAUACACAGCGAUUCGGGGCGCGAUGCCCCGUGCAGCGAGGUGUGGGGCGCGAUACACAGCGAUUCGGGGUGUGAUGCCCCGCGCAGCGAGGUGUGGGGCGCGAUACACAGCGAUUCGGGGCGCGAUGCCCCGCGCAGCGAGGUGUGGGGCGCGAUACACAGCGAUUCAGGGCGCGAUGCCCCGCGCAGCGAGGUGUGGGGCGCGAUACACAGCGAUUCGGGGCGCGAUGCCCCGCGCAGCGAGGUGUGGGGCGCGAUACACAGCGAUUCGGGGCGCGAUGCCCCGCGCAGCGAGGUGUGGGGCGCGAUACACAGCGAUCCGGGGCGCGAUGCCCCGCGCAGCGAGGUGUGGGGCGCGAUACACAGCGAUUCGGGGUGUGAUGCCCCGCGCAGCGAGGUGUGGGGCGCGAUACACAGCGAUUCGGGGUGUGAUGCCCCGCGCAGCGAGGUGUGGGGCGCGAUACACAGCGAUUCGGGGCGCGAUGCCCCGCGCAGCGAGGUGUGGGGCGCGAUGCCCCGCGCAGCGAGGUGUGGGGCGCGAUGCCCCGCGCAGCGAGGUGUGGGGCGCGAUGCCCUGCCCCCGGCUGAGCGACCCGGGCUGUGCCAGCCGGGGUGACCCACCCGCGGCAGGCGGGGCGUGGGCCGUGCCGCCGCGGCCACGCGUGCUCGGCCGGAGCCGGGGGGGCGGCGGGGAGCGGCGGCAUGGCGGGGGCUCGCUGCCUCUGGCUGCCCUGGCUCUGCCUGCGGCUGCUGCCGGGCGCAGCCUUCAACCUGGACGCCACCAGCACCCUGCUGAAGGACGGCGACAAGGGCAGCCUCUUCGGCUUCGCCGUGGCUCUGCACCGGCAGCUCAGCCCCGAGCCCGCCGGCUGGCUGCUGGUGGGGGCUCCCCAGGCGCCGGCGCUGCCCAGCCAAGGCGCCAACCGGACCGGGGGGCUCUUCGCCUGCCCGCUGACCCCCGAGCUCUCCGACUGCUGGCGGGUGCCCAUCGACGAGGGAGCGGACCUGCAGCGGGAGAGCAAGGAGAACCAGUGGCUGGGGGUGAGCGUGAAGAGCCAAGGUGCCGGCGGCAAGAUUGUGACCUGCGCCCACUUGUACGAGGCGCGACACCGGGUGCGGCAGCCCCUGGAGACGCGGGACGUGAUCGGGCGCUGCUUCGUGCUGAGCCAGGACCUGCGGGUGCGGGACGAGCUGGACGGCGGCGAGUGGAAGUUCUGCGAGGGGCGGCCGCAGGGCCACGACCGCUUCGGCUCCUGCCAGCAGGGCCUGGCCGCCGCCUUCAGCCCCGACCACCAUUACAUCCUCUUCGGGGCCCCCGGCACCUACAACUGGAAAGGGAACCUGCGCGUGGAGCUGCUUAACCAGAGCUCCCUCGACCUGCUGCGCUACGACGACGGGCCCUACGAAGCCGGGGGCGAGAAGGACCAGGACCCCUCGCUCAUCCCCGUGCCCGCCAACAGCUACUUCGGGCUGCUCUUUGUGACAAACAUUGAUAGCUCAGACCCCGACCAGCUGGUCUACAAAACCCCCGAGCCCAGCGAGAAGGUGCCCGGCGCGGCCGGCGACGUGGCCCAGAAUAGCUACUUGGGCUUCUCGGUGGACUCUGGCGCAGGGCUGACGCGGAGGCGGGAGCUGAGCUUCGUCACCGGAGCCCCCCGCGCCAACCACACCGGGGCCGUGGUCAUCCUGCGCCGCGACAGCGCCAACCGCCUGGUGCCCGAGGCCGUGCUGCCGGGCCAGCAGCUCACCUCCGCCUUCGGCUACGCUGUCGCCGUGCUCGACCUCAACAGCGAUGGCUGGAUGGACCUGGUGGUGGGGGCCCCCCACUUUUUUGAGCGCAAGGAGGAGAUUGGGGGGGCCGCCUAUGUCUACAUCAACCCGGCGGGGCGCUGGGACUCCGCCACCCCCCUCCGCCUCAACGGCACCCGCGGCUCCAUGUUCGGCAUCGCCCUCAGCACCGCCGGGGACCUCAACCAGGACGGCUUUGAGGACCUUGCUGUGGGAGCCCCCUUCGACGGCGCUGGCAAAGUCUACAUCUACCACGGCAGCAACCUGGGCAUUGUGGCAAAGCCGGCACAGGUCCUGGAUGGGGAGGGCGUGGGGGUGACGGCCUUCGGCUACUCCCUCUCAGGGGGGCUGGAUGUGGAUGGGAACCUCUACCCCGACCUGCUCGUCGGCUCCCUCUCCGACUCCGUCGUGCUGUACAGGGCCCGGCCGGUCGUCCACGUCUCCAGGAACGUCUCCCUGCUCCCCCCCAACAUCGACCUGGAGCAGAGCAACUGCCAGCACCAGGAGGGUGUCUGCGUGGAUGUCCGAGCCUGCUUCAGCUACACGGCCAGUCCCGCCAGCUACAGCCCCCGCCUCGUGCUGGAGUAUGUGUUCGAUGCCGACACGGACCGCCGGCGGCUGGGCCAGGCCCCCCGCGUCACCUUCCUCGGCCGCCGUCCAUCGGACCCCGAGCACCAGUUCUCCAACACGGUGGAGCUGCCCCGGCAGCACGCCCGUGCCUGCGUCAAAGCCACCUUCCAGCUCCAGGACAGCAUCCGUGACAAGCUGCGCCCCAUCGCCGUCACCCUCGCCUACGGCAUCCAGGGAGCCGGGGCCCCACGGCACAGCCGGGGGGCUGCGCGGCACAGCCGGGGGGCCGCCCUGCCGCCCCUGUCGCCCGUGCUCAGCCCCCAGCAGCCCAGCAGCCACCGCACCGAGGUGCAUUUCCUGAAGCAGGGCUGCGGGGACGACAAGAUCUGCCAGAGCAACCUCCAGCUUCGUUUCCAGUUCUGCGCCCGCCUGGGGGAUGCCGAUUUCCUCCCCCUGCCCCGGGGGGCAGAUGGCACCGCCAUCUUCGCCAUGAGCGACCAGAAGGACGUGGCCCUGGAGAUCCACGUCACCAACCUGCCCUCGGACCCGGCGGAGCCGCAGCGGGACGGGGACGAUGCCCACGAGGCCAUGCUCACUGCCACCUUCCCCCCGGAGCUGCCCUACGCCGCCCUGCGCCCCUACGACGGCCGGGUGCCCUCGGACAAGCCGGUGGUGUGCCUCGCCAACCAGAACGGCUCGCAGGUGGAGUGCGAGCUGGGGAACCCCAUGAAACGCGGAGCCCAGGUGCGGUUCUUCCUCAUCCUCAGCACCCUGGGCAUCACCAUCCAGACCACGGACCUGGCGGUGGAGCUGGCCCUGUCCACGAUCAGUGAGCAGCCGGGGCUGGAGCCGGUGGUGGCUCGCGCCCGCGUGGUCAUCGAGCUGCCGCUCUCCGUGACGGGCGUGGCCGUGCCGCCCCGGCUCUUCUUCGGCGGGGUGGUGCGGGGGGAGAGCGCCAUGCGGAGGGAGAGCCAGGUGGGCAGCGCCGUGCGCUUCGAGGUCACGGUCUCCAACCGGGGCCAGUCGCUGAAGACGCUGGGCUCGGCCUUCCUCACCCUCCUCUGGCCCCACGAGAUCAGCAACGGGAAAUGGCUGCUCUACCCCCUGCACCUGGAGCUGGCGGCUGCCCCGGGGCAGCGGGCGGCCUGCAGCCCCUCCGCCAACCCGCUGCGCCUGGCCCUGGAGCCGCCGGGGGAGGCUGACCCCACCGAGCCACCCACCUCGGGGUCCUGGUGGGUGCCGGCGCCCGCCGAGAGGAGGAGGAACGUCACGCUGGACUGCGCCCAGGGCACCGCGCGCUGCCUGGCCUUCCACUGCCCGCUGCACAGCUUCGAGCGCGCCGCCGUGCUGACGGCCCGCGGGCGCCUCUGGAACAGCACCUUCCUGGAGGAGUACCUGGCGGUCACCUCGGUGGAGCUGAUCGUGCGCGCCAGCGUCUCGGUGACGUCCUCCAUCAAGAACCUGGUGCUGAAGGACGCCUCCACACAGAUCCCCAUCUCCAUCUACCUGGACCCCGGCGCGGCGGUGGCCGGCGGCGUGCCCUGGUGGGUCAUCCUGCUGGCCGUGCUGGCCGGCAUCCUCGUGCUGGCCCUGCUUGUCUUCAUCCUCUGGAAGUGCGGCUUCUUCAAGCGGAGCAGCCGAAAGUCCCGCUACGCCGCUAACUAUUACCGGGCCCGCCUGGGCCUGCAGCCCUCCGCGGCGGAGAAGCAGGCGCCGGAGGGCGAGCGGUAACGCAGGGCUCUGCCGCCCCGGCGCCGGCGGGCAGCGAGCACGGGUGCGCAGGGGCGUGCGAGGGCUGGCGGCCGCCCUGCGCAGGUGUGCGAGGGCUGGCGGUGUGCCGCGGCGGAGGGACGAGGGUUUGCAGCGGCCGUGUGCGGGCGUGCGAGGGUUGGCAGGGUGGACGGACGAGGGGUUUGCAGUGUGGGCGUGCAAGGGUUUGCAGUGCCCAAGCCGGGGUGUGCAAGGGCUUGCAGUGUGCGUGUACGUGGGUUUGCAGUGCUGGCGCGCGGUGGUGCAAAAGUUUGCAGUGCCCGAACCGGGACGCGCGAGGGUUUGCAGUGCUGGCAUGUGUUUGCACAAGUGCUGGUGCAAAGCGCACGCCCCUGCGCUUUUGGGGUGAGAACCAAGGCAUGGGCAAGCGCCGGCACGAGCGCCCGUGCCGUGGAGUCACGGAGCCCUUCCCAAAGCCGGGGCGUCCCCGCGGGGCCCUGACUCGCGCCGGUCCCCCGCAGCUGGGCUUCUUCCGCCGGGCGCGCUACGCGCCGCCGGCCGUGCCGCAGUACCACGCCGUGAAGAUCCCGCGGGAGGAGCGGCAGCAGUUCCGCGAGGAGAAGACGGGCACGAUCCAGAGGAAGGAGUGGGCCGCCAACCUGAG